GCGGCCGGCGAUGAGCGACCUCUCCUCGGCGGAUUACAGCAGAUGUUCCCGCUGCUCCAGUGAUCGAUCAUCUGACAAAGAUAUUUCUCAGGUCGGCCGAUUUCCCCAUAUCCAUGUGUCAGAUCUGAAUCAGGAGAGACAAGAGAGAGGGAUCAGACACGCGAUCAAUAGCCCGGACUGUGGCAGGAAUCAGCUGCCUUCCCUCGAGCCUGAGUCUCCAGCCACUCGUGGCAAAGGUACAAAGAUGUCUUUGUUGGAAUCCAGAGUGAAGUCUGUGGAAGAAGCAAACUGCUCCUUGCUAAAGGAGAUUGGAAAACUUCAGAAUGAACUCAAGCAGGUUGGAGGAGAAGCCUGUGGCUUCCGGGAUCAAACCACCUCAUGGUCAUCCAUCAUGGGCAAUAUUGAAGUCAGCAACAACACCAUCUCAAAGAUCAUGUCACGUCUCAAGGAAGCAGAGGGGACACUUUACUCGGAGAAGUUGUCAAUGAUCAUGUUAUUAAACCGAGCGCAGCAGUUAGAACUGAUGAUCACUGACAACGAGGAGGAAAUGAAAAGCCAAAGGAAUCAAUCUGAGCGCAGGUUAACAGAAUUACAGAGUGUGGUGCAGAACAUUCACGGGCAGAAGGUGCAAACGGAGAGAAUGAUCUCCACCUUAAUGAGCGACGUGGGACAGGGAAAGAUUCAGAUGGAACUGCAGGAGUCUGAAAUUAAACUGGUCAGAGAAGAGCUGAAACAAGUUUCGCAGCAAAUGGACGAGGAGAACAAGGAAACCUGGUGCAACUUACAGAAACAAAAUGAAGCAACACUCUAUGCUGAAGAGUCAAUUAAACAAUUAAGGAGCGCAUUUGAACACAGGAUGCUGCAGAUUGAAAAUGCAUUGACUUACUUCAAGAACAGACAAACCUUUCUUGAAUCGGAAGAAAAUAAUCUGGAGGAAAGGAUUAACACAAGGCUCGGUGAUCUAGCUGCUGCAAUCGCACAACAAGAACUCACGAGGCAGCAGAAACACAAUGGGAUGCAGACUUCCACAUCAGAGAACAAGAGUGACCAGGAUAAAGUCGCUCAACGUUUGGAAGAAUUCAGGAAACAUUUACAACAGCAAGAAGCUCAAUUUCGGAAGGAAAUAGAAGAGAGAUUUCUACAUCUUGAAAAGAACCUGCAUAGAUUGGAAAGGGUGGGAGGCAACUUUGAGAAGGACUUGCGGGAGAAUAGUGGCAGUGAAUGGAGCACUUUACACCAACCCAGUGAGGAUGUCAUCAAAACAAUCAAAGACCAGCAGUCAAGGUUGGAAGAAAGCAACGUGAGGAUGGACAGUGAUAUCAAGCAGCUGGCAGACUCGUUUGCUCACAACAUGACCCUGAUCGAGAAAGUCCUCAAAGCGGAGAUCCUUGAUCGGAACAAACAGGAAACUCAAUUAGAACAUAAAAUGGAAGGAUUACAUGAGCGUGUGAGCCUGGCGUUACUAACCCUUCAGGAAGCUCUAGGCAUCUUGCAGGAAGACUUUAAUAAGGAGAAGAGGAAGGCCGAUUCGGUCCAUUUGGAGAAUUCCAAGUCAGAAGCUGUGAUGAGCGAGGGAGUAACGGACAGGGCGUGGAGCGUGGACUCAGCCCGUGCCGCCAUGGAAGGGUUGUUGGCCGAUAUUCAUCGCAUUAAAGAGGACACGCCUGAAGAAAUUGCAAAGAUGAAAGACGACCUGAUUGCUGUACGAUUACUUUCAUUUGGCUUUUUAAAGUCUUUUGUUGUGAAUUACGUGUCUGACAAAUGA